CAUUGGACCGUUUUUUUUUUUCUUCUCCUCCUGCAGCAGAUCUUCCGAUGCAUUGUAACAGUGUUGAAGAACAUAAACUCCUGAACACAAUGCCUCGACGUCUGUAAUGGCGCAUUGACUUCGGUGGGAUAAACGACUGUCAGGAUCCCGAAAACAGAGAUGUAGUCUGUAGUCUGGUCUGUCGGCAGACUCUGAGUUCUCACUAUGCUGCUUUAUCUGCUGCUGACCAUCUCACUAACAAACGUCAAUGGCCAGAUAGACCCAGCUCACUGUCGUUAUCCUCUCGGAUUGGAGGAUGGGAGGAUCAAAAACGAUGACAUCACUGCCUCCAGCCAGUGGUACGAAACCACAGGCCCUCAGUACGCAAGGUUAAACCGUGAGGAGGGGGACGGCGCCUGGUGUCCUGCUGGUCAACUGCAGCCCUCAGAUGUUCAGUAUCUUCAGCUUGACCUACGUCAGCUCAUCUUUCUCACCGUCGUCGCUACACAGGGUCGCUACGCACGCAACUCAGGCAACGAGUUUGCACGCAAAUACCGUCUGGAGUACAGUCGCGAUGGACACCGCUGGAUCUCCUGGAGAAACCGCUUUGGUAGCGAGACUAUAAUGGGCAAUAUAAACACCUAUGACUCUGUGGUGCGAGACCUUCACCCUCCCAUCAUUACUCGAUUCUUACGUUUGAUUCCCGUCACCGAUGCCGUACACACUGUGUGUAUGAGAGUAGAGCUUUUUGGAUGCGCCUGGCAGGAUGGCCUGACGGCGUACAGCUCUCCAGAGGGCCAGACCAUGAUGGCUCUUGGUUAUCCCAUCACACCUCUCAACGACUCCACGUACGACGGGGCCCUGGAACGCAGGAAGCUGUCUGGGGGUCUGGGUCAGCUGACAGAUGGGGUGAUUGGUCAGGAUGACUUUGUACAGAGAAGACUGGACCGCUUGUGGCCCGGAUAUGACUACGUGGGCUGGAGGAACAACAGCUUGGGCCCUGGAUAUGUAGAGAUGGAGUUCCAGUUUGACAGACAGAGAAACUUCACUUCUAUGAAGGUUCACAGUAAUAACAUGUUCUCUCGGGGCGUGAAGAUCUUCGCAUCCGUGUCCUGUGUCUUUAAGCUGCACCUCAUUUCGGAGUGGGAAGCAGAACUGGUGGAGUUUCACACCGUUCUAGAUGACCGGAACCCGAGCGCUCGCUAUGUGACUGUCCCGUUAAAGCACAGAUCGGCCACGGCGCUGCGCUGCCGCUUCUACUUUGCUGACACUUGGAUGAUGUUCAGCGAGAUCUCGUUUCAGUCUGCAACUAAUGUGCUUCCCACCCAGAAGCCCCCAGUAUUGACCCCUCCUUCAUAUGAGGUUAACAGCAAAGUACCACAAACUACACAAAAAACAGAAGACCAGACGACAGCAAAACCAUUAAAACCAGGCUCUCCUGAAGAGGCCAGUACAUCGAUUCUGAUUGGCUGUCUGGUGACUAUUAUUCUUCUACUAGUGGUGAUCAUCUUCCUGAUUCUGUGGUGCCAAUAUGUGUGCAAAGUCCUGGAGAAGGCUCCGAGGCGAAUUUUGAAGGAGGAGGUGACAGUGCGUUUGUCCUCUAGCAGUGACACUAUAAUUCUGCAGACUCCUCCUGUGCCCCCGCGCAUCUCCCUCGACCCGCCCUACGAGAGGAUCUUCCUGCUGGACCCCCAGUAUCAGGAUCCCGCUGCGCUCAGGAGCAAACUUCCCGAGCUGUCGCAGAGUGCAGAAGCUUCUGCCUGUAGCGGAGGAUACGCCGAACCUGACGUGACCCUGUGCACCCCACACCAGUGUUUUCAGAGCAGCGUCCCACACUACGCUGAAACCGACAUCAUCAGCCUGCAGGGGGUCACCGGCAGCAACAUGUACGCCGUUCCGGCACUUACCGUAGAUUCCCUGACGCGGAAGGACAUCUCCGUGGCCGAGUUCCCACGAGAGAGACUGCUGUUCAGAGAGAAACUGGGAGAAGGCCAGUUUGGUGAGGUGCAUUUGUGUGAGGCGGAGGGUUUGGCUGAAUUUCUGGGAGAGUGUGCAGUGUUACCGGAGCAGAACGGCAGGCCGGUGCUAGUAGCAGUUAAACAACUCCGAGCAGAUGCCACCAGCACUGCCAGAAAUGACUUCCUGAAGGAGAUAAAGAUCAUGUCGCGUCUGAAUAACCCAAACAUCAUCCAGCUGCUGUGCGUGUGCGUGAGCUCCGACCCGCUCUGCAUGGUGACCGAGUACAUGGAGAACGGAGACCUCAACAUGUUCCUGUCUCAGAGAGAGAUAGAGAGCACUCUCACGCAUGCCAACAACAUUCCGUCUGUCAGCCUUGCUGACCUGUUGCACAUGUCGGUGCAGAUCUCUUCUGGGAUGAAGUACCUGGCUUCUCUGAAUUUUGUGCAUCGUGAUCUGGCCACACGGAACUGCCUCCUGGACCGCCACCUCACCAUAAAGAUCUCUGAUUUCGGCAUGAGCAGAAACUUGUACAGUAGUGAUUACUAUCGUAUACAGGGGCGCGCUGUGCUGCCUAUACGCUGGAUGGCCUGGGAGAGCAUCUUACUGGGGAAGUUCACAACAGCUAAUGAUGUGUGGGCAUUUGGAAUAACCCUGUGGGAGAUCUUCACUUUAUGUAAGGAGCAGCCCUACAGCCUGCUGUCUGAUGAACAGGUCAUCGAGAACACCGGCGAAUUCUUCAGAAACCAGGGGAGACAGAUCUUUCUCUCCGCCCCACCACUCUGUCCAUCCUCUCUGUUCGAGCUGAUGAUGCGUUGCUGGAGUCGUGACAUCGCGGACCGGCCCACUUUUCACAGAUUGUAUCAGGCCCUGCGAACUUUCGCACCCCACUCAUGACCGACACCUGCUCUAUUGAAAUAACCUGGAGGAAAACUGUUAUACAUGUCUUCUGACUGCUCGCCAGUCGCUGAAGUAGAGCAGUAACAUUAUAGCCACAAUGUAGCGUUAUUAGAGAUAGAUCUAGAGAUGAUGAGAUUUCACAAAAGGCAUUCAAUCAUUUAUCCACUCACAUUUUCAUCUCCAUUGGGACUCAGAUAGCUUUUUUUUCAAUCCAUAGACACUUGAGGUUGUUGUUUUUUUACUUCUCUGUUGUUCUUUCCCUUUUUUUCUUUAUCAUAUAUGUUAUUUCUGUUUGUCAUUUUCCAACAGUGACUCUUGAGCCUACUGUAUAAUCUAGGCAGAAAGAACCAACUGGACGAAUGUUGUGUUUGUCAAAACUGUGGUUGUGUAUCGUUAAGCACUGCUGUCUUUGGUUUUAUUUUGUUUUUGUCUAUUUUUGUUCCUUAUUUACCCCCACACUGGAGUUACUGUGUCUUAUGAUAUUAAGUGUAUUUUUUGCUCUCUAAAUAUGAAUGUUUUACAGGUUCUUUGGAUAUAGCCGGGUCAGAGACUUUCUCUGCCUGGAUCUAGCAGAACUACUGUUAUAGUUAGAUUAAAAACCCUUUCAGAGGAGAAGGGAGAGGGUUAUAGAGCCAACAAUGGACUGAUGUGCAAUCGAAUGCACUGUUUCUUCCCCCAACUUCUAACAGGCCACUUUAAAGUCAACAAUAAGAACAGACCAAUGGACCAUGAUUCAUCUGUGCAUGUUUCCAAAGAAGGCAAUGUCUCAUCAAAAUGUAAUAGGUUGGUUCUUGGUUAAUGUCAAAAAAGCAAGAAGCAUUUCCAUUGGGAUACUUCAAGUUGUUCUUGGGGUGAAGUUGACCUUUAGCCUCCACAUGCAUAUGUCCAAUUAUAGAAGUAAAAUGGGUUGUUAAUGCCAUUUCAUGUUGGCUUUAAAGGAAUAGUUAAUC